AUGUGUGGUAUAUGGGCGAUAUUCGGCGGCGGCGAGUGCCUGUCGGCUCAUUGCGCCAACGCCAUGAAGAUCGCAUACCGGGGUCCGGACGCUUUCCGCUUCGAGAACGCCAGCGGCUUCACGAACUGCUGCUUCGGCUUCCACCAGUUGGCCAUCGUGGAUCAGCUGUACGGCAUGCAGCCGCUCCGCGUCAAGCGCUUCCCGUUCCUCUGGCUCUGCUACAACGGGGAGAUCUACAACCACCAGCAGUUGAGGAAGCAGUUUGAGUUUGAGCACCAGACCAGAGUGGAUGGAGAGGUCAUGCUGCACCUGUACGACCGGUUCGGCAUCGAGAAGAUGGUCACGCUGCUGGACGGCGUGUUCGCCUUCGUGCUGCUGGAUACGGCCAAUAAGAAGGUGUUCCUGGGAAGAGACACGUACGGCGUGAGGCCUUUGUUCAGGAUGCUGACCGAUGAUGGCCUCCUCGCUGUCUGCUCAGAGGGCAAGGGUCUGAUCCAUGUCACCCACUCCACAUCAAAGCCGGUGAAGAUCAGCCCCUUCCUUCCGGGUCACUUUGAGGUGUUUAACCUGAACCUGGGUGGAACAGUGGUGUCCGUCCAGCUGAAGCAGUUCCAUUGCUGCACCGCCGAGCCCGAACAUGUUACAUACGACACAAUAGAGAGGCUCAGCUCAGAUUUGGAUCUGCAGACGAUGAAGAACAACAUCAGGAUCCUGUUUGAGAACGCGGUGAGGAAGCGGCUCAUGGCCCGCCGGAGCAUCGGCUGCCUCCUCUCAGGCGGCCUCGAUUCCAGCCUUGUCGCCGCGACGGUUAUCAGACUGGCCAAAGAGGAGCAGCUUCAGGGUCCCAUUCAGACGUUCACCAUCGGGGGCGAAUGUAGUCCAGACGCCGCAGCUGCUCGCAAGGUGGCGGCGCACAUCGGCAGCGAGCACCACGAGGUGAGUUUCACUGCGGAGGAAGCCAUCCGCGCCCUGGAGGAGGUCAUCUUCCACCUGGAGAGUUACGAUGUCGGGACGAUUCGCGCCUCCGUCGGAAUGUAUCUGGUGUGUAAGUACAUCCGCGAGAGGACGGACAGUGUGGUGAUCUUCUCCGGUGAAGGAUCUGAUGAACUCGCUCAGGGCUACCUCUACUUCCACAAGGCUCCGUCGGCCGAGGAACUGUACCUGUUCGACGUGUUGAGGGCGGACAGAACCACCGCUGCACACGGUUUGGAGCUGAGGGCGCCUUUCCUGGACCACAGGUUCACUGCUUAUUACCUCUCGCUACCUGAACAGUUGAGGGUGCCCAAGGACGGCGUGGAGAAGCGUCUUCUCAGAGAGGCGUUUAAGGGACUGGAUCUGAUCCCCGACGAGAUCCUGUGGAGACGUAAACUGCCCUUCGGUGACGGUCUGACAUCCGCCAAGAACUCCUGGUACGACGUCUUACAGGAGCACGUCGAGUCUGAGGUGAACGACUCUCAGUUUAAGAACGCAGCUCAGUUGUUUCCCUACAACCCUCCCAUGACGAAAGAGGGCUUUUUCUACCGGCAGAUCUUUGAGAAGUUUUACCCCGGCCGCUGUGAGUGGACGCCACAUUUUUGGUUGCCUCGUUGGACCUGAGCGACCGUUUACAAACCUGACAGG